AUGGCAGACUUGCUCCUCCUAACCCUGCUUCCCUUGGCUCUCCUCUUCCUCCUCCUCCACCAUGCAUCGCCAAUCAAAGCCCUUCUCACGAGGGCCAAGUCGGUUCUGGCACCGGAGCUCUCCACGGUGUGGAAGCCACAGCCAGCUAGCAUCUUCGUCACGGACCCCGAGACGGCGCACAGCCUUCUCGUGCGUGGCAGCGCCGCUGGCUCCUUCUCCAACCGCCCACCGUCCAUUUCUCCCAGCGCCAUCCUCUCGCGCCGUCAAUACCAGAACAUCACCUCCGCUCCCUACGGUGAGCACUGGCGCGCCAUUCGUCACAACCUCACAUCGGAGGUCCUCCACCCAACGCAGCUCCACCGGCACGCGUCAGCGCGCCGCCGUGCACUACAUGGACUCGUCGUGGACCUCGCCGAGCAGAGGAAAGACGGCGUGGUUCACGCGGCGGAGAGCAUCCGCUACGCUAUGUUUGUCCUGGUGGCCAACAUGUGUUUCGGCGACGACAUCGACAAUAACCGCGUCCGUGCCAUGGCCGACGCUCAGAGUGACCUCGUCAAGUCCCUAUCUACGGCGCGCGUGUUCGCGCACGCCAUGCUCCCCGCACUGACCAGGCUCAUUUAUCGUAAUCGGUGGAAGAAGCUAGCCGCCCUGCGACAGCAGCAGGAGCAGACGUACCUACCACUCAUCGACUCCCGUCGCGGCCGGCACCGGCGACCCAGCGAGACGCCGGUGUAUGUGGACACGCUCAUCGAUCUCAAGGUGCCGGACGACCACAGUCAGGACCCAAGGCGGCAUCGAAGAAGGCUGUCCGAUGGUGAACUCGUCGGCAUGUGCUCCUAG